AUGUCGGCCGAUGUGACUGUUCUUGGUGCGGGCGUGAAAGGUGACGAGGAGUUGCCUGUGGAGCUUGAGGGUGGAAGUUUGCUCGAGGAUGGGGUGAAGCAGGUGAAGCAGGAAACGGAUUUUCAGCCCAGCUUUUGUCAAACAGUUUGCGCUUGGCGUUCGCCUGCCAUAUCUCACUCAGCCCCCCCUGCGAGCGCUCACAUGGCCAUGGGACGGCGGGAUCCAUCCAGCAUUCCCAAUGCGACUCUGAACACCACGCCCUGGGUGGUCCAUCGAUUUGCAACAGCCGGAGUUUCGCCCCAUAUGUGCCUCCAGUGCCUUAUGGUUGGUGGACGCUUCUCCAUGCCAGUCUUGGAACUGCAGGUGGAGUACGCCAGACGCCACGGCUACGAUCUCUACACCUAUACUGAUCAACCGGUUGACGAGGCGACUGGUGACAUGAUCGAGCAUGUUGAAGGUUUGGACUUUGGAGACUUCCCAGAAUUUUUUGGACAAUCUGAAGCGGCAUUGGGCGCAUCGGCAAGUCCAAAUGAUGUCGUGCCUUCACCGUCAGAAGCUUUGGAACCACCUGAGAGUUCUACACAGAGAGUUGACUUUCCAGAUGGAACAAAUUUCAACUUUUCAAAUCUUCUUUCAAAUGCCAUGCGAAAUACUGCUGCCAGUUCUUUCGUACUGCCCUGGGAGACGGAUGAGUGGUCUUGGUUGUUUAACCCUGACAGUGACAUCAUGGACACCUUACUUCCUGCGUUCGAGCCUAAGCUUAAAUCUGUGAAACUGUCACAUGUGGAUGAUGAACCAGUUGCAAAGGGUGACAGUUCUGGAAAAACACAAACGCUUGGGGGCAAACAGAUUUUUCAGGUUGCAGUUUCACGUAGGCAUGACUUGAUGUGGACAGAGAAAAGGGAAGCAGAAUUGCAGCGUGCCCUGAAGAAGUGGUACGCAAUAGUGUGCAAUUGGCCUGACAGUUGGGCGUGCAAACAAGAAGUACUGGCCUGUGACACGUCCUCAGAGGGUCUGGAACUGCUUGGAGAUUACUUGACAGGUAAGUCGCCUGCCACUUUAGUCAAACGUGCCAACAGUUUGAUUUUCAUGCAGAACAUGUUGCAGCAGUUGGGUUACUUUUGGCCUUUGUCGGAGCCAGAUUUUUACAGGUUUCUGAAGACGUUGAAAAGCGCCGGUCAUUCAACUAGCAGUCUCAAGUCACUUCUGGAGGCAGUCACGUUUAGCAGGUAUUCAUUUCACCUUCCAGAGUUGCAUGAGUUGACAGUCAGCCGUCGGUGCCUUGGAGCAGUUGUGGAUGAGUUGCCAGGCAAAGUGAAACAGGCAGAACCCCUUACAGUGGCCGAUGUCAAGCGUUUGCACUGGGUUUUAGAACACGGUGAAGUUUGGGACAAGGUUUUCUGUGGUUCAGCUUUGUUUUGCAUAUAUUCAAGAGCCCGCUGGAGUGACUUCAUCCACGGAAGCUGCUUACGGCUAGACACCCAGACGGAUGGACAGAUAGUGUAUGCCGACAUGGAAGUGCAGAUUCAUAAAACCAUGCGUGCCUCUGCAAACAGAUUCAAGUUUUUGGAUUUGGUAGUAUCUGGAAUUGGAAUGGCUGGACAUAACUGGAUUGAGCACUGGCUUGAAGCUUUGAGAUACCUUGGGAUGGACCCACUAAAUGGAGUGGUUGGUUUGUCGCUCAUGCCAGCCCCUGGAGACGAUGGGCAGAUGCUGCAACGUUCCUUGGAAAGCGAUGAGGCCAGCAAGUGGCUUCGACUCUUACUUGGAGAAGAAAUCCGUAGGAUGGCAGAUGUCUAUGCCAGGGAGGCUCAAGCAAGGUGCAUCAGGUUGAUAGACAGAUUGCUGGUCGAGAUCAAAACUGGGUAUUUUUACCCGGAUGCAAGUCGCGCUGGACGGUUUCACAAAGAAUUCUUGCCAGAUGAAUCAGAGGAUUUGGGUGCAGAACACUUUUCGGACGAUGCCACCGUGAGACACGAUGUGGCAGUUGAAGUAGUCAAGAAGUUAGAUGAGGCCGAGAAGGUCGUUCUGUCUCCAGAACAACAAUUGGAGGAAGGGCACGUAACGAGCUCAUCCUCUGAGAGUGAAUCGGAGAGUGUGGAGCUAGCCGCAGCCUUUAGGCAAAGGUGCGUGGAGCUGUCAACAGCUACAACUUCAUUGUUCGACUUGUUGGCUGCUCAGAACAUUAGUUCUUUCUCUGAACUGGCAUUUGCGUGUGGCACUCCAAAUCGGGCGCCUACAGAUGAGGAGUUCAAAACAUUGUCAGAUUCAGUGUUAGGAGGCGGUGCAACGGCAGGUCAGAGCAGCUUGCUAAGACGUCUGCACUUUGAGUCAGCAACUUUGGUGUUGUCACAUUUGAAGACAUCAGUGAACAGUGAAACCAUUGAUGGAGUCAGAAAGCUGCCUUUUGCAGAAAAGCAGGCAAGGUAUGCCAAGGUGAAGACAGCAAUUCAAGGCUUUUUGAUUCAAGGCGAGACUGAACCAUCGCAUGCGUUAGUUGACAAAUGCCAGAUGAUGUUUGACACUAAUUCUGUGGUUUGGCUGGCACCCUCAGUUUGCACAAAGCGUGAACUUGAGAUCCAGGCUGCUCCAAAGGAUAACCAACAGGUUCUCAAAAUCGAAUCGCAGACACUCAAGGUGAGCACAGAAGGCGCGAUGCUUGGAGAUGCAGAUCACAGUUCAGAAAUCAAACUACAAUGGUGCUGGCAACGUAGGGGUGUAGCUCUGGAGAUGUGUGAGCUUUUGUCUUGGCCGAUUUCACAAAAGUGGCUCACAUCCAUGUUUGCAGUGUAUGCUUCAGACCCACCUACAAAUUUCAGCCGGGUGACGUUGUCCCAGUUGAUUUCUGCAGACAAAGCGUUGUGGACCAUUUUGGCAAGGGAGAUCGAAACAGUGAAACCAGAUGCCACGGGGAACAGACUCCUGGAUGCAGCAGUUGAAAAACUCAUGUGUGACCCAAGGGUCACAAUGCACAUGCUGUCUAUGCCUCAUAAGGCACCAGCUUCGUCCUCAGUGGUUUCAGACAAGUCUUCGAUAGGAGCACCAACCAGCAACGCAAACCAGACUGGGAUCAGACCAAAAAAGAAGGCGCGUCCUGGUAAGCGCAACAGAGCAACACCGCCACCGCCAGAAGAACUCAAGUCAUGUUACCAGACAACAACAGACGGCAAGCCAAUUUGUUGGGCUUACAACUUGAGCAACGGAUGCAGUCUGGCUACAACGGGGCAACCACCAAGAUGUACCAAAGGGACCCUGGAAAGUCAAGAAUCACCUGCCGCAGCAGCAGAUGCAACAGAUUUGAAUUCAAUAGACGAGCACAGUUCAGGUGAAAAUCACACUGAAAAUGAUGCUCUUGGUAUCACAGAAGAGGAGCAGCAUACAGAGAAGGCUACUCGGAAACAACUGUUUGAAAACAUGUUGGUGCUGGAAGUCUUUGCAGGUUCCUCGAAUCUCACCAUUGAGAUCAGAAGAGCUAAUCUCAGGGGGGUGGCAGUGGAUAAGACGGUUGGAAGGGCCAAAGGUCCAAUCACAGUCCUGGAUUUGACGGUGGAUGAAGACGUGCGAUUUUUGGCAGAAUUUAUUCGACAAGAGGCUGACAACAUUUGUUUAAUACACUUUGCGCCACCUUGCGGCACUUGUUCAGCGGCAAGGAAAAGGCGUUUGGCACCUGCAGUACUGGACAAACUGGCACAGGAAGGAAUUACUCCACCGCAAGUGCUACGAUCAGAAGCCUUUCCAAUGGGAUUACCAAACUUGCGUGGACUGGAUGCACUGAAGGUUGAACUUGCAAACAAAUUGUAUUGGGCCACCAACAAACUGGUGAAGCUGGCGCUUUCACUCAACAUUAGGGUUUCCAUUGAAAACCCUACCAACAGCCUUUUUUGGAAGACCGACCCGAUGGUGGACCUAUUACAAUAUUGUCCAGGCUGUAUGAACAACCUCCAUAGCUGCAUGAUGGGCGGCGAGCGCGACAAACAGACAGCGUGGUGGUGCAAUGAUGAUUUCUUCAAUUCAUUCAAUUUACCACGCACAAGGGAUCACACGCACAAACCAUGGUCCCCCUCCAUCACGGCAGAUGGAGUCUAUUACCCGACCAAAGAGGAAGCAGAGUACCCGCCUUUACUCUGCAAGAGGAUCGUCGACAAACAACUGAAAGGAGCAAGGAUAACGACAAGGAAACUUUUGAAGUUCUUGCCAUACUGCGGAAUGCCACAAUUGGAUGAACUAUUGUCAGCAAACCUGGACUGGGAAAGGACCGGGAUUCUGGAACAAAAUUUUUCAACAAGUGGCUCCAACGGGCGCAAGACUUGGCAGAAGAUGAGCGCAAAUUACAGGCAAGCUUGA